UUGACCGCCGCGCGGGUAGGAGGCGAGGAGUCAGUGUGCGGCGAUUCGUCUGGUCUCGGUACAGCAUGCUGCGCGCCGCCCUCGCCACCGCCCGCCGCGGGCCGCGCCUCAGCCGCCUGCUGUCCGCUGCCGCCACCAGCGCCGUGCCGGCCCCCAACCAGCAGCCCGAGGUCUUCUGCAACCAGAUCUUCAUUAACAAUGAGUGGCACGAUGCUGUCAGCAAGAAAACAUUCCCCACCGUCAACCCUUCCACGGGAGAGGUCAUCUGCCAGGUAGCAGAAGGGAACAAGGAGGACGUGGACAAGGCGGUGAAGGCCGCUCGGGCAGCCUUCCAGCUGGGCUCACCCUGGCGCCGCAUGGAUGCAUCCGACAGGGGCAGGCUGCUCUUCCGACUGGCCGAUCUCAUCGAGCGGGACCGGACCUACCUGGCUGCCUUGGAGACCCUGGACAAUGGCAAGCCCUAUGUCAUCUCCUACCUGGUGGAUUUGGACAUGGUGCUGAAAUGUCUCCGCUAUUAUGCUGGCUGGGCCGAUAAAUACCACGGGAAAACCAUUCCUAUAGAUGGCGACUUCUUCAGCUACACCCGCCACGAGCCUGUGGGUGUGUGUGGACAGAUCAUUCCGUGGAACUUCCCGCUCCUGAUGCAAGCGUGGAAGCUGGGCCCGGCCCUGGCAACUGGAAACGUGGUUGUGAUGAAAGUCGCCGAGCAGACGCCGCUUACCGCACUCUACGUGGCCAACUUGAUCAAGGAGGCAGGCUUCCCCCCUGGCGUGGUCAACAUUGUUCCUGGGUUCGGCCCUACCGCCGGGGCCGCCAUCGCUUCCCAUGGGGACGUGGACAAAGUGGCCUUCACAGGUUCUACUGAGGUUGGUCACCUGAUCCAGGUUGCUGCAGGGAGCAGCAACCUCAAGAGAGUGACGCUAGAGCUCGGGGGCAAGAGCCCCAACAUCAUCCUGUCGGAUGCUGACAUGGACUGGGCUGUGGAGCAGGCCCACUUUGCCCUGUUCUUCAACCAGGGCCAGUGCUGUUGCGCUGGCUCCCGGACCUUUGUCCAUGAGGAUGUGUACGAUGAGUUCGUGGAACGCAGUGUUUCCAGGGCCAAGUCUCGGGUGGUCGGGAACCCCUUUGACAGCCAGACGGAGCAGGGGCCGCAGGUGGAUGAGACUCAGUUUAAGAAGAUCCUCGGCUACAUCAAGACAGGACAGCAGGAGGGGGCGAAGCUGCUGUGUGGCGGAGGCCCUGCCGCCGACCGUGGCUACUUCAUCCAGCCCACCGUGUUUGGAGACGUGAAGGAUGGCAUGACCAUUGCCAGGGAGGAGAUCUUCGGUCCAGUGAUGCAGAUCCUCAAAUUCAAGACCAUAGAGGAGGUUGUGGGGAGAGCCAACGAUUCCAAGUAUGGGCUGGCAGCAGCUGUCUUCACAAAGGACCUGGAUAAGGCUAAUUACCUGUCCCAAGCCCUCCAGGCCGGCACUGUGUGGAUCAACUGCUAUGAUGUGUUUGGGGCCCAGUCCCCAUUUGGUGGCUACAAGAUGUCGGGGAGCGGCAGGGAGCUGGGCGAGUAUGGCCUGCAGGCCUACACAGAAGUGAAGACAGUCACCGUCAAAGUACCACAGAAGAACUCGUAAAAGCCAGCACCCGGAAUCCCAACAAGACCCUGAGAAAAACCACCAGGCACACUGCGCCUCCAAAGAGACACCCCUCUACCUAAGUGUCUUGGACCAAGAGAGUCAAGACUUGAUAAACAGAGCAGGCUGGUGGGCGGGUGGUGUGUGGGGAAAGGUCCUAAUAAACCCGGCAGGGGUGGGGCCAGGGCAGAACACUGGCCCAGCCUGUGCAAGCUGCUGGGUUCCAUCCUCCAUGCUUAAGCAAAAGAGCAAUAAAAAAAAACCCUGAUCAAA